AUGGAACCUGAAUUCUUACAAGUAGAUGUCCACUUCCAAGGAAUGUUCCCCAGAAACCCCAUACGCUACACCGGUGGAAUUACUCAAAGGUUUUCGGACAUCGAUUUCGCAGGAAUGGACAAGGAUGGGUGUGUUGCGUUCAUCGAAAGGUUCACUGGGGAAAAGUGUGAGAAGCUCUAUUACUGUCAACCUGAUAUUGAUUUUCCAAAAGACGAGUUUGUUGGUAACGUACAGGAAGAAGUACUUGAUGGUGCAAGACUGGUUAAGGAAGUUGCAACAGGGCAUCGGGAUGUGGGUGACAUUCACGAUGAGGAAGAGAAUGGCGACGAUGAUGACGACGAGGAUGAGGAUGUCGAUGACGAUGAGGAUGACCAUAAGAAGCCUCAUUUUUUUUUUAUAAAGGAUAAUGAGAUUCAAGUAGACAUGGGUAAGAAAGCAGGUGUAGGUGAGUCUUUCGAAGAAGACAUGGGUGACAAUGAAGAUGUUUAUCCCGAAUUGCCAAAUAUUUUCAAUGAUAAGCUCAAUUGGAAGGAGCAGGAACCUGUUUUAGGUAUGAGGUUUGAGAGUCCUAAGCAAUUGAAACACAUGCUUUGUAACUAUGUUGUCGCAAAUGGUUAUCAAUUAUGUUUUGUUAAGAAUGAUACUAGACGAUUACUUGUCAAAUGUUGUGAUGGAAAAUGUACUUUUAGGCUUUGGGGUUCUUGGAUGAGUGAUGAUAAGUCUUUCCAGAUAAAGUCUCUUAUCGUUUCUCGGAUUGAUUUCGUAACACCCAUUAAUUUUCUUCAAAAUCCAAGCAACAAGCAAAGAUCUUUUUCAUUUCUUACUAAGUGA